GACAACAAAACAAUAAAGACAACAACACCCUUCACGCAUUGUCGACAACGUUGCCAUGAAACAACUGCUUCAUUCCCCUACUUCGCUCCAAACAUUGAAUUCCACUCCCAUACAACACACACCUAAAACUCCUCAACCACACCCGUUACGCUUCACACUGUUCCAAGGACCAAGCUUUGGGAUUUUCAUGGGGCUUCACUUUCGUUCUUCUUCAAUUAGAAAACCCACCACGGAUUAAGCCUUUCCUUGUUCCGUCUCUCUAAUGUGGUUUUCCUAGGGUUAAGGGUUCCCUCCUCAUCUCAUCACCGCUUCCAUGGUUUGCUCCAUGACUUUGUGCUGAAUUAGUGCUAAUCCUUCUUACCCUUCAGCUUCUCUCUCUCUCUCUCUCUCUCUCUCUCUCUCUUUUACUUGUCCCUCUCUCCUUUCCGUGUGGGAUCUGCAGAAGUUGACAGUGAAAUCAUACUAAUUUUAUAACCCAGUUCCUUUUGCUAAACGUUUUGCUUUAAAGUUGUGUUUUUUCUUCUUCAUUCCGUGUUCAUUGGCUUCUUCAAACUUAUCUCUUGCAUUGUAAAGUGUGAGGUGUUGAUAUCUUAGAGCCUGAAACGUUUGUUUUGUUUGUUUAACCAAACUUGUCUGUGACUCCUAUUCUGUCCCUUUUCUUUAUUUCCAAAUUCAUAAGAUUGUUGUUGUUUGUUACAUGGAAUCUAUGUUUCAAGAAGAAGGGUCAGCUUCUGUAACUUCUUCACCUCUACAGUUCUUUUCCAUGAUGUCACUUUCACCUAGCAUAGGAUCUCCCUACCCUUGGCAUAGAGAACUGAAAUCUGAGGAAAGGGGUUUGUGCUUGAUCCAUUUGUUACUCACUUGUGCAAACCAUGUUGCCGCUGGUAGUCUUGAAAAUGCAAAUAUCAUACUUGAGCAAAUUUCACAGCUUGCAUCCCCUGACGGAGAUACUAUGCAGCGAAUUGCUGCAUACUUCACUGAAGCACUUGCUGAUCGGAUACUCAAAACAUGGCCUGGCCUCCACAGGGCCCUCAAUUCCACCAGAAUAAUUAUGGUUUCCGAAGAAAUUCUUGUUCAGAAGCUCUUCUUUGAGCUUUUCCCGUUUUUGAAAGUAGCAUAUAUUCUGACAAAUCAGGCUAUUGUUGAAGCCAUGGAAGGGGAGAAAAUGGUGCAUAUAAUUGAUCUCAAUGCCGCCGAACCGGCGCAGUGGAUUGCUCUCCUCCAAGUUCUGAGUGCACGUCCUGAAGGCCCUCCCCAUUUGAGAAUUACUGGGGUUCAUCAGCAGAAAGAGAUUCUGGAUCAGAUGGCUCAUAAGCUUGCUGAAGAAGCAGAAAAGUUAGACAUCCCUUUCCAAUUCAAUCCUGUACUCAGCAAGUUAGAAAAUCUUGAUUUUGACAAACUUCGUGUGAAAACUGGGGAGGCUCUAGCAAUAAGUACUAUUCUGCAAUUACACUCCCUUUUGGCAUUGGAUGAUGAAGCCUUAAGAAGAAAAUCUCCUCUUCUGUUGAAAAGUUCAAAUGGAAUUCACCUGCAAAAAGUCCUCAUGAUGAACCAAAACACAUUAGGCGAUUUGCUUGAAAAAGAUAUGGUUAAUGGCUAUAGCCCAAGUCCUGAUUCAGCCUCAUCAUCACCGGUGUCUUCAACUGCAUCAAUGAACUCAGAGAGCUUUCUGAAUGCCUUAUGGGGAUUAUCACCAAAGGUCAUGGUUGUAACUGAACAAGACUCUAAUCACAACGGUUCGACGCUGAUGGAAAGGCUGCUAGAAGCUCUAUAUUCUUAUGCAGCAUUGUUUGAUUGUUUGGAAUCAACUGUCUCCAGAGCAUCAUUGGAGAGAUUAAAGGUGGAGAAGAUGAUGUUUGGUGAGGAAAUCAAGAACAUCAUUGCUUGUGAGGGAGCUGAAAGAAAGGAAAGACAUGAAAAGCUGGAUAAGUGGAUCCAGAGACUUGAUUUAUCUGGCUUUGCCAAUGUACCUUUAAGCUAUUAUGGAAUGUUGCAGGCACGGAGGUUCCUGCAGAGCUAUGGUUCUGAGGGAUAUAGAAUGAGGGAGGAAAAUGGUUGUGUAAUGAUGUGCUGGCAGGACCGGUCCUUGUUUUCUAUAACAGCUUGGAGAUCAAGGAAAUAAGUGAGACUGCUAAAACCAGAAAGGACGAAAAAGAAGAAAAAUAGAUGUAGUGAUGAAUAGAGUCUUUAGGCUUUUGUUAUUUUUUCUUUCUUUCUUUUCUUUGUUUGUAUGAAAGAGUUUUACCAAUAUGGUAAUGACUAUUCAUCAAUAUCAAGUUAGAGAUACUUAUAUUUCCUGGUUAAACUCUGUCAAGAAAGAAAUGGGAAGGCAAAGAAGGUGGUGUGAGGGAAUGAAAGACUUAUUUGUGGUUGCGUUUACCAUUCCAUUGUUUAGUGCUUCGCUCAUUUUGCUUUUUCAACCUGUAUCUGAUAUGUGUAUAAGCUAUUUUUCUCAUUUACUUGGUCAGUGUAAGUUGAAUGAAUGUUCAAA